GAUUUAAAAAACUACAAUUAUAUGAGGAAGCCUUCCUUAAGGAAGAUGAUUUUUCCAAUUAUAGAACAUGUGUACUUUUUACAAAAGAAGGGACUGUCACAGAUUGUAAGUUAAAAAGGGAAUCCUUGGCAUCAUUUCUCUUACUGAACCUUCAGUGUUUAUUUGCAAUAAUUGCCUCUGAUACAAUCUUCACUUAAUUCCAAUGUUUUUAGAGAGGGUGGUUUAUUUUUAUGAAGAGUGUUUUCCUCUCAAAACGCCAUUGGAUUUAAUUUAUUUCCCAGGUUAAUAGCUUUUAUUAAAAAACUUUUUGUGUGUGUAUUUUACAAAAACAACCUUAGGGCAGAGAUUUAUUCUGUUGCUACUAUAGUCAGUUUCAUAUUGGGAAACUAUGAGGAAACACUAAAUGACCGGAGAGAGUAUUUUCAGAAAUCUCUAGUAUGGAGAUUAUCCCUAACUGCAAACACCCAGAGGUUUUUGAGCUCUACUAGGUAUCAGAUUUUUUUUUAAGUUAUUUCAUUUAAUCCUCACGAUAAUCCUGUGAGAUAAAAUGAAAUUCUAGGACUAACCCCGAUUCCAGUACCACUCCACCCCAUCCAACAAAUUUUUCAACUUUUAAAUUCACAUUACUAUACGUAAACAGCAUUUCGGUAUCCUUCGUGUAAGUUAAAAAAGGUCUAAGUGGGAGGGACCUUAUGGGUUCCUUCUGUCCCUUAACAACUAAUAGCCAUUGUUCUCUCUAGAAAUGCUACCAAUCCAGUAACAGGGAACUAAAUCUUCAGUCUCAGAAGAUUUAUGUGUGAGAUCAGAAAUUUUAUCCAAGUUUUUUUUACUUUCCCUGAACUAACUCGAGGUGAGAGGAAGUGAGAGGCGGAAUCGGGAAAGAGAAGUUAGUCAUCCUCCCUAGGUCUGGGAAGGGCAGUUCUACUGGGUUAAAUUCGGGGUCGGACAACUGAGAGCAAGCCCCAGGGGGCGUAGCCCCAGACCCGAAGUCACACGCGGCAGUCCACGCUCCUCUCCCGGAAGCCCCGCCAGCUCCUGGAUCCAGGCUCACACCACGCCCCUGCCAGGCUCCCGGCCUCAGCCUGGUACUACAUUUCCCAGAAUGCCAUUCAAGCCGCCUCGCAGAGCGCCGAUAAGCGCCUUGAGUGACGCCAUCAACCAGCGCGAUGUUUAGACGCCACUGAUGUCGUGGCGUUUCGCGGGAAGAAGUUGGUGUUUCGCCGGGCCCUGGAACUAGGACGCGGUCCGGGUGGCCUCUGGCCCUUUGCUACCCACUGCUCCGCCUGCCUGUUCUCCCGCUCCUCUAGCAGGAUGAGGCGUACAGGCCUGGGAGAAGGAGUACCUCCUGGCAACUAUGGGAACUAUGGCUAUCCUAACAGUGGGUACAGUGCCUGUGAAGAAGAAAAUGAGAGACUCACAGAAAGUCUGAGAAGCAAAGUAAAUGCCAUAAAAUCUCUUUCUAUUGAAAUAGGCCAUGAAGUUAAACAUCAAAAUAAAUUAUUAGCUGAAAUGGAUUCACAGUUUGAUUCUACAACUGGAUUUCUUGGUAGAACUAUGGGAAAACUGAAGAUUUUAUCCAAAGGGAGCCAAACAAAGCUGCUGUGCUACAUGAUGCUGUUCUCAUUGUUUGUCUUUUUCGUCAUUUAUUGGAUUAUUAAACUGAGGUGAUGCAAGUAAGUGUGAGUUUGGAAUUUGUCCCAACUUAAAGGCUUGGGUUACCACUUCGAUAAAAAAUCAGCAUCAAAACAUUCCUAAUUUUCAAGUACUAUGGCUUUUUUCAUUAAAGAUUACUGAAUUUUACUUGUUUUAUAAAUCACAUUAGAUAAUACAGUGCUCUUUGCAUACUGUUUCUUAAUGGUUCAUUUUUUGCCCCUAUUUUCCAGGGGUAUUGAGAUGGUCUAAGGUCAUUCUGUUCCUGACAAUUUUUUUCGUGGUUUUUGCUGUCAGAUUAAAUAGGAGUACAAUAUUCCGUUGUUACCAUAAAUUUAGGUUUAUGUUCCAUGUAAAGAAACUUAGUAGGAGAACAGCAGCCUGCCUGGGGAGCCUGGUGCUGAGCUCCUGCGGCAGAGGACGCGUCCUGAUGGAGCGGGGAAUGCAUUUCCUCAAGUGGCAGUGACCCAGCCGAUGUGCUGUCCUCCUUAUUUGGUUAAAAUUGUAGCGGAUUUCUUUUUGCCUACAGUUUCCCUGAUAAUCUUUAGUGAUACAACUCCUCCUCCCCCUCUGCCCAAGGACCCCAUUCUUUAAUAAAAUUUGUUAUCUUGGCUUAUUUCUAGUAGGGUCCAAAACAUAUGUACCAGUAUAGUGGUCAUUUUAUAUUAAAUUUAUGCAUACCAUCAACUUACCUUAAUAGUUUUAAGAUGUUAGCUACUUAGAUAGGCUGUUUGGUUGUCAUUUAUGGCAGAAUAAUGUGAAGCUAAGGUAAUUGCUAAGCUCUGAAUGGAAAUAAAAUGCUCAAGAAAAUUAAUUGCCUGUGCUUUCUUAUGUGCUCAAAUAUACACAGGAUUAAAGCAACAAUGCCUGAGUAUUUCCAGAGUAUUAUUGCUUUAAUCCUGUGUAUAGGUUUAUAGAAAACAAAAUGCAAAAUGGACUGCUGAAUUGAGAGAGGAAUUAAAAUGUUGUUAAACACUCUGAAUUGCUACUGUUUUGGAAUUUGCCUAUUUAUGGGCUCUGUCCAAAAUAAAUUUUUUAAAUGAAA